CAUUGUGUUUCAUUUGGGACCCUUGAUGUUUACUUUCUUGGAAAAUGUGAGAUGCACCUCAGGCAAAAACUUGUAUUUCUCGCCACCCCAAACAAAGAACUAAGAGUAAAAUCCAGUGAAUUGGUUCUACUCUCAACAGCAGAACUAGAAGAGGGAGUGAUUUCCCCCCACCUCUUGAAACCCUGCAUGCUCUCUAUAUUUGUUCCAGGGAGAUGGGAGGGAAGACCCUCUUGAGGUAUUUAAAGCCAAGCUUCUCCUCUCUUGCUUUUUGCUAACCGACGAGAUGUCAGACUGGUGGAUGCUGGAGGAGUAAAGAUGGAGUCAACAGUCGUCAUCAGUGGUUUAGAGGAUGCUGCUGCAGUUGACUUCAUGUACUCUCAAGGUGUUAUUUACUGGACAGAUGUGAGUGAAGAAGCCAUCAAACAGACUUAUUUCAACCACACUGGGAAUCUCGUGCAGAACGUCAUUGUUUCAGGUCUGGUCUCCCCAGAUGGUCUGGCAUGCGACUGGAUUGGUAAAAAGUUGUACUGGACAGACUCUGAAACUAAUAGGAUAGAAGUUGCUAAUCUCAACGGAACAUCUAGGAAGGUUCUCUUUUGGCAAGACCUUGACCAGCCAAGAGCAAUAGCCCUGGAUCCAGCUCACGGAUACAUGUAUUGGACAGACUGGGGUGAAACACCUAGAAUAGAGCGUUCUGGAAUGGACAGUAGUGUUCGGAAAAUAAUUGUGGAUUCUGACAUUUAUUGGCCUAAUGGACUCACCAUAGAUCUGGAAGAGCAAAAGCUUUAUUGGGCUGAUGCAAAGCUGAGUUUCAUUCACAGAGCAAAUCUGGAUGGCUCUUUCAGGGAAAAAGUCGUGGAAGGUAGUCUCACUCACCCAUUUGCUUUGACGCUGGCUGGGGAUACACUUUACUGGACAGAUUGGCAAACUCGUUCCAUUCAUGCCUGCAACAAAAGAACAGGAGAGAAAAGGAGAGAAAUACUAAGUUCACUGUACUCGCCAAUGGACAUCCAGGUUUUGAGCCCAGAAAGACAACCGUAUUUUCAUACACCCUGUGAGGAUAAUAAUGGUGGUUGCUCCCAUUUGUGCCUGUUGUCUCCAAGAGAUCCCUUUUACAGCUGUAGCUGUCCCACUGGAGUCCAGCUUCAGGAAGAUGGCAAAACAUGCAAAGCAGGUGCUGAAGAAGUUCUCUUGCUCGCUAGAAGAACAGAUUUAAGAAGAAUUUCGUUGGACAUGCCAGAUUUCACUGACAUUAUCCUGCAGAUAGACAAUAUCAGGCAUGCUAUUGCAAUAGACUAUGAUCCAGUUGAAGGUUACAUAUACUGGACUGAUGAUGAUGUCAGAGCAAUUCGUAGGGCAUUCCUUGAUGGAUCUGAAGCCCAGACCAUUGUGUCAACAGAAAUAGAUCAUCCUGAUGGUAUAGCAGUGGACUGGGUGGCCAGGAACUUAUACUGGACUGACACUGGUACAGAUCGCAUUGAAGUUACGCGGUUGAAUGGGACAUCCAGAAAAAUCCUUAUAUCAGAAAACCUAGAUGAACCUAGAGCAAUAGUGCUCAAUCCUGUGAUGGGGUAUAUGUACUGGACUGACUGGGGUGAAAAUCCAAAAAUUGAGUGUGCUUAUUUGGAUGGCUCUGAGAGGAAAGUCCUGGUGAACACCUCUUUAGGGUGGCCUAAUGGUUUGGCAUUGGAUCUUGAAGAAAGCAAACUUUAUUGGGGAGAUGCAAAGAUAGACAAAAUUGAGGUAGUAAAUCUGGAUGGAACCAUGAGAAAAACUCUCAUAGAAGAUAAACUUCCCCAUAUAUUUGGAUUUACAUUGCUGGGAGAUUACAUCUACUGGACAGACUGGCAGAGACGAAGCAUUGAAAGAGUUCACAAAAUAAGGGCAAGUAGGGACAUUAUCAUUGAUCAAUUGCCAGACCUGAUGGGCCUUAAAGCAGCAAGUGUCACCAAAGCUGUUGGAACAAAUCCGUGUGCUGAGAAUAAUGGCGGUUGCAGUCACCUGUGUUUCUUCACACCACAGGAGUGCAGAUGUGCUUGUCCUAUCGGAUUGGAGUUACUUAGUGAUAUGAAGACUUGUAUCAUUCCAGAAGCCUUUCUUGUUUUUACCAGCAGAACAGCCAUUCAUAGGAUUUCUCUGGAAACAAAUAAUAAUGAUGUAGCUAUUCCUCUUACUGGUGUCAAGGAAGCCUCUGCUCUAGAUUUUGACGUGUCUGACAGCAGAAUUUAUUGGACAGAUAUUAGUUUAAAGACAAUAAGCCGAGCUUUCAUGAAUGGAAGUGCAGUUGAGCAUGUUAUUGAAUUUGGGUUGGAUUACCCUGAAGGAAUGGCUGUAGAUUGGAUGGGGAAAAACCUUUAUUGGGCAGAUACUGGAACCAAUAGAAUUGAAGUGGCACGCCUGGAUGGUUUAUAUCGGCAAGUUCUUGUGUGGAAAGAUUUGGAUAACCCAAGAUCUUUAGCUCUUGACCCAUCUAAAGGGUACAUGUACUGGACAGAAUGGGGAGGCAAACCAAAAAUUGUUCGAGCCUACAUGGAUGGGUCAAACAGCAUAACCCUCGUAGAUAAAUUGGGUCGUGCUAAUGAUCUUACAAUUGAUUAUGAAGAUCAGAGACUGUACUGGACUGAUCUGGACACAAGCAUGAUUCAGUCUUCCAAUAUGCUAGGGCAAGAGAGGGAAAUAAUAGCUGAUGAUCUACCACACCCCUUUGGAUUAACUCAAUACAGCAACUUCAUUUACUGGACAGAUUGGAACCUUCACAGUAUUGAAAGAGCUGACAAGACAAAUGGGAUGAACCGGACACUGAUCCAGGGGCAUCUGGAUUUUGUGAUGGAUAUAUUGGUUUUCCAUUCAUCACGACAGGAUGGCUUCAAUGAAUGUGUGCAAAACAAUGGCCACUGUGGACAGUUGUGUUUAGCUAUACCAAAUGGCUACAGAUGUGGCUGUGCAUCUCACUAUACCUUGGAGGCCAACAGUCGGAACUGUACUUCACCCAGCAGCUUCUUACUGUUCAGCCAGAAGUCUGCAAUAAGCCGGAUGAUACCAGAUGACCAGCAGAGUCCAGACGUCAUCCUUCCCAUUCAUGGUCUAAGAAAUGUCAAGGCUAUAGAUUAUGAUCCCUUGGAUAAAUUGAUCUACUGGAUCGAUGGACGUCAAAAUAUUAUUAAAAGAGCCAAAGAUGAUGGCACUCAGCCAUUCACAGUCAUGGGUACUCCCAACCAAAGCCAGAAUCCAGAAAAGCAGCCACAUGACUUGAGUAUUGAUAUUUUCAGCCACACUUUGUACUGGACUUGUGAAGCCACAAAUACAGUCAAUGUCCACAGACUUAAUGGAGAGCAGAUUGGGGUUGUGCUGCGAGGAGAUCAUGACAAGCCAAGGGCAAUAGUAGUAAAUGCUGAGCGAGGAUAUAUGUAUUUCACCAAUAUGCAAGAACGAGCCCCAAAGAUUGAGCGUGCAGCCUUGGAUGGCACAGAACGAGAAGUGCUUUUCACUACUGGUUUGCUGCGGCCUGUCGCCCUAGUAAUUGACAACAAGCUUGGGAAACUUUUUUGGGUGGAUGCAGAUCUCAAACGAAUCGAAAGCUGUGAUUUAUCAGGAGCUAACCGUGUGACCCUUCAAGAUUCCAACAUACUUCAGCCAAUGGGUUUGACAGUGUUAGGAAAUCACCUAUAUUGGAUUGAUCGCCAGCAACAGAUGAUAGAAAGAGUUGAGAAAACUAAUGGAUACAAGAGAGCCAGAAUACAAGGUCGAAUUGUUCAUCUGACAGGCAUUCAUGCAGUUGAAGACAUUGAUGUGGUGGAAUUCUCUGCCCACCCUUGCUCCAGGGACAAUGGUGGAUGUUCACACAUCUGUAUAGCAAAAGGAGAUGGAACUCCACGUUGCUCAUGUCCAGUUCACUUGGUUCUUCUACAGAACCUGUUAACAUGUGGAGAGCCUCCAACGUGUUCUCCAGAUCAAUUCACAUGUGCAACAGGGGAAAUAGACUGCAUCCCGAUGGCCUGGCGUUGUGAUGGAUUCUCUGAAUGUGAUGAUAAGAGUGAUGAGGCCAAUUGUCCAGUCUGCUCAGCAGACCAGUUUCAGUGUCAGAAAGGGCAGUGCAUUGACAGACGCUUGAGAUGUAAUGGAGAAAUUGAUUGCCAGGAUAAAUCUGAUGAAGCUGACUGCGAAACAAUUUGUCUCCCAAAUCAGUUUCGAUGUGCCAGUGGCCAGUGUGUUCACAUAAAACAGCAAUGCGACUCCUUUUCAGACUGCAUUGAUGGCUCCAAUGAACUUGCAUGCGCAAAAAUUAAACCAUCCUUGGAUGAAUCUCAGCCUCAUAGUAGUGCUAUUUGGCCUGUCAUUGGUAUCAUCCUAUCUAUUUUUAUAUUGGGAGGGAUGUAUUUUGUUUGCCAGCGAGUGAUAUGUCAGCGUUAUGCUGGGCCCAAUGGACCUUUUCCUCAUGAAUAUGUCAGUGGUACGCCUCAUGUCCCCUUAAAUUUUAUUGCUCCAGGGAGUUCUCAGCAUGGCACCUUUACUGGCAUCUCUUGUGGAAAAUCUAUGAUUAGCUCUAUGAGCCUUAUGGGAGGAAGUAGUGGUGCUCCUCUUUAUGACAGAAACCAUGUAACUGGGGCCUCAUCCAGUAGCUCAUCUAGUACUAAAGCCACUUUCUAUCCACAGAUCCUGAAUCCACCACCUUCACCAGCCACUGAUCGUUCCCUUUAUAACACAGAAAUGUUCUAUUCCUCAAACAUUCCAUCAACGACAAGAUCUUACAGGCCAUACCUGAUCAGAGGGAUAGCUCCACCAACCACUCCCUGCAGUACCGAUGUAUGUGACAGUGACUAUACUACAAGUCGGUGGAAAGCCAAUAAAUACUACAUUGAUCUAAAUUCAGACUCAGAUCCUUAUCCCCCACCUCCUACUCCCCGCAGCCAGUACAUGUCAGCAGAAGAAAGCUGCCCACCAUCUCCUGCCACAGAGCGAAGUUACUUCCAUCUCUAUCCUCCGCCCCCGUCUCCUUGUACAGACUCUUCAUGAUUUCAGCAGAAGGAACUUUUCUUUUAUUUCUCCUGUAAAUAUAUUUUAAAUAUGAACAAAGAUUUUUAAAUAUAUAUUUUAUGAUCUAAAAGGGGUGGGAACUUUUAAUAAUGUGAAUAAAAAUGGGUGGGCCAGGGCUGUGAAAAUUGUACAGCAAAAGAAUAUUUAUAAGAUGUGUUUUUUUAACUUAAUAUCCAUUCUUUUGUGCCAUAUUUUGCCUUUGCAUCGAAGUCACACAAUUUAAAUUGACCUCCAAAGGAGGCAGCAAGCGGGGAAUAUAUACGAAGAGCUUUUUGAAAUCACAUUUUGAUUCAGUAAAGGGGAAUGUGAGGUUUUUGUUUUGUUUUGUUUUAAAUAUUAAAAAAGGGGAUUAUACUGUGUGAAUGAAUGGGGGCGGUGUUUGAAUACACACACAGGAAAGUCAAAAUGUUUUUUAAAGAAUACUUGAUCAUAGGUAGUUAACCACAAAUAUGCACUUUCUUUUGGAAUGCUAAAUGCAAAAAGAGGCCCCUCCUGUAUUUAUUCCAUCACCAUUUGCUUUCCAGAAGAAUUGGUGCCUAAGAAAAUGUGGAAUUCUGAAUCUUGCACUCAUUUUAUCAUUCAACACAAACCACUUUCAGUAGAAUGAAAUGCGCAUGCAGCCCCACUGGACAUCUUUAUACAAAAAACUCCUGUCAGUAUUCUCACAAUCUCAAUGUAAUAUCUAAUUGGGAAAGCCAGUGAAGCAUCAACUUUUUGUAGAAACCAUACAUUCAGUUUAGCAGUUGUCAGGAGGCAUGUAACCAUGAAACUCUUGGUUCAAAUAGAAAUAGGAAAAUCAGAAAAAGAGUUACCACUAUUAGUUAGCAUGCUUUCUUGAAAAUUGAUAAUAGCCCCGAGACAGAUUAGCUCCAUGGUCUGAGAAGUGUCAGUCUCUCUUCUAUUCUCCCAACUGCACUCUUUCCCGCUUUUUUAGCCCCAGGAACCAUUGUGUGAAAAUGCAAAGUUUGUAUUUUUCUUUGCAAAAAGUGGGACAGCUGAAUAAAAAUAUUUCAGCUAAAAUUGUGUCCCUAGUUCAUUGAGAAGGAGAUUUAUAUAAUUGUUUACAAAUUUGGGAAAGCAGUCACUUGCUUGAAAGAGGCAUUCUUCCUUCUCUCGCAGGAAGGAAUGCUUCUUGACUAUAUGCUGACUAAAAGCUGACAAACUUGAAAACAAAUUCAAAACUACACAAAAGUUUUACUGAUUUGGCUUAUUUUUCAUGAAAUGGAUGAAGAGAGAAUUUGAAGGGAUGGAAUUAUCUUGCAAUCACAGAGGUGGAGGUAAACAUGUAGGGUACCAUAUAAUGUUUAGAUUCUAGUGCAGCUCUGUGAUAGAUGCAGCAAAUCCAGAGCCAACAGCUAAAACAUAUGCAUCAGAUGACUAUCCAGACCCCCAUGCCUGGCUAUUUAACUGGUGCUGUUGGAAACUGGAAAUACAUUUUACAAUAGGUUUCCUAAUAUCCAAUUGCCAAUUUUUAAUAUUCCUGGAACACAAACUGUUAAAACAAUUAUUUAUUCUUUUCUAUGUGAUGGUUGUGCCUUUUAUACCUAAUAACAUCAAACUCUUCUCAAGUACCGGUUAUACCAUUAACUGAAACAUCUAUAAUGUACGAGCAUCUUCUCACAAUUAUGCAUGACCCUGGGACCUCAUUAAUAUGUGUGGUACUCGUGUAACUUUCCAGCAAUACUGUCUUGGUACUGUGCUCUGUGUUUUUGUUGCCAGCAUAACUGUGACAUCUCCUAUCUUAAUACUGGCACAUCAGAUUUGAAGAUCAGCCUGUUAAUGAAUUCUCACUCUCCAGCACCUGGCUUUUGUAUUUCAGGACACACUGGAUCCCAACACAUACUUCUUGAUGCACAUAUUAAAUGUUCUGCUUGUGUGGAUGUAUUUUAGUUAUAUACAGAGCUGUUUUCCCCUUGUAAUUCAGCAGUGAAAUCCUGUUCAUAUACAUUCUCCAUGGUCUGAAGAUGGAACAAUUCCCCAUCCUGUGACUGGGGUGAUCUUUCUUCCCAUACCAUUUAAACCAUGGACAACCAGUGUACAGAGCAGGUCUUCAGGUGCCAAAUAGAGAGUGCUGGGCCAGGGUCUGGCCUUGUGCUUGAAGAUGCUCUUUUUUAUGGCAGUUUGCAAGGAAAAGAGAACAGUGCUACUUGUUCUACAUUACCUGUAUGUUUACCUUUAUAUGUGCUGUAUCUAAUUGUUCUCCACAGAAUGGCUGGAAGACAAGUAGUAUAAAAGCACAGUGCAGACAAAUAAUGAUAUAACAUUAGAAAAGGAGGGGGAAAGCUGCAGAUCAGCAGGUGAAGUGGGCUUUUGACAACUUAAUACCACUGAAAUGAUGAAAAAUGUUACCUUUUAAACUUGUAGCUGGAUUUUAAACAGUAUUUUAAACAAAUAUUUCUGGUACAACUUGAUGUAAUACUACCCUAAACCCUAUCUAGUAUUUUCUAUCUUGUCAAAGUGAUGUUUUGAAUUUUAAACCCCCCACACACCCACUUCAUUCUUUACUUCUGUCUGUUCUCCCAGAGCCUUUGGCUGUUAUGGUUUAAUUUCAGCAAAGGUGCUUAGACCUUUUGGGCAAGGGAUAAAUUUAAGUUUCUAAAGAAGUAAAUAUUUUGCUAAGAUACAUCCUUCACUCCUCUAAUAAGCAUCAGUAUGGUGGGGGGAAAGAUCUGUAAACUGUGUCAUGUGUGUGCCCAUGAAUACUGCAAAAAGGAUGUUUUGUGUUAUAAAAAUUUUAGAAUGCCAUGGAUGUGGUGGUAUUACUUGUGCUUCUAGCAAAGGCAUUGGUCAUAGUAAUGUAUCAGUCAAAAUCAUAAUAGUGUAUUAAGUUGUUAAGUACUCUCAACAGAUCUCUAGUUAUGUAAACUGAUAAGUUUUAGAAGGCAGGAGAGUCCGGUUCUAUCCUAUGACCUCAUAUCUAACUGAUAAGUUACAGCAUGCAUGUAUAUUUUACAGCUGAGAGGUUUCCAUUCAGUUGUUUGUCUUUGCCAUAACUGUGUUCACUAUUUUGUGUGGCAUUUGUAAAGAGUCUGCUAUUUAAGUUCUUAACAUUACAGACCUUGAUUACAUAUGCAUGGCAGUUUCCUGUUGUCUUACAAGUGAUGCUCAACAUUAAAGGACAGAGAUUUCUCUGAGCUAUUGAGCUCCUCAAAAGGAAAGAAAAAUAAUAAUUUCACACUAUUAGGAGUGUUACCUGCUUUUUCCAGUGGGAUAACCAUUUACACAAUGAGUUUGGAUAGAAAGAAUUAUGAGCAGAAAGGAGAUAGCUGCUACUGUUGCUCUAUAAAAGAUUUUCAGACCAGUGCUUACCAUGGGGGUAAGUGCUGGUAAAUCGCCGCUAAAACAUUGAGGAAGAGAGUGUGUGUGUGAGAGAGAGAAAGAGAGAGAGAGAAAGCCUGGGAAUUGUCGGCUCCCCUCCAGCAUCCCUGAAUUGUUUGGGGAGAGGCAAUUUCCUCUGAACUCAAAUUUUCCAUUCAGAGGAAAUUGCCUCUCCCCGAAUGAUUCAGGAACGCUGGAGGGGAGCUUUCACACACACAUGCUUCCUCAACGUUUUAGUGGCGGUUUACCAGCACUUAAAUGCUGUUCUGAUAAUCUCCAUUGAGUCCAAUGAAGGUAAUAGUAGUCAGGUUGUAUAGUUUCUCUUGUAUCAUCUUGUACAAGAAUUCUCAUAAGUUUUUGAAUGAGCACAACUUGACCACAUUUCAUUUCAUUUUUCUCCCUCUGUGUUCUAGCAAUGCAAGGUAUAAAUCACUUUUGCAUACAAGCCUUUGCUGCCCUGGAUUUUCAGUAGUAUGUUUGAUGCCAGGCAGCAGUGUGGCUGUGGUAGAAUUUAUUCCCUUUUUUGAUUACUCACAGUAAUGGGAAGAUAUGGCAUGUUAAUGAAAGACUGCAGGUUGAAAAUAUUGUCUAGUCUUUCACAUGGAUUUGAAGUUAAACCACUGAAACCCUUGACUUUGGUGAUGGCAAAAUAAUUGGCUGAUAGAAACUACUGUAUAUACUCAUCUAUAAGUCUAAAAAUUUAUGGCCAAAAAUUGACCCCCAAAUCGCAGGUUGACUUAUUUCCUGGUCACUAUGGUAAUGUGAUAGCAGCUCUUUCAGAUUUCCCCAUGCAGUUGGCAGAGGAGUUUAUUUCACUCUUGCACCAAGCAGAAAGAGUUCUGAAUGAUUGAUAGCAAUAGCAGCUUCAUUUAUAUACUGCUUCAUACUACCUACUGCUGUUUGUUUAAGAGUUGUCUCCCGCCGUGUGUCUGUCUGAAAUGAAAGCUGAAACAAUGACACAAAAAGCCUCAGUUAAAGUCUCUUUUGCCAUGCACACACUGAAGGAGCCUCCACGUUUUACCCUCAACCUAUCGAUGGGUCAUGGCAAAAUCCAUAAUUUUGCCCCUAAAACGUGACCUUGAUUUAUUCAUGAGGUCAACUUAUAUUUGAGUAUAUACGGUAUGUUUUAAAUUCAAGGACUUCUGUUUAAUUCUUCCAUUGUGUUACCAAGCAAGGCCACCCAUGUGUCUGGAUUUAACUGUAAAUUGUCAGUUUUACAUAUUAAAAAGAUAUAGCAGGUACUUUAUCUUCAUGUUCUUGUAAUAUGUCCAUACAGUUGGUCAGUAGACAAUUUACUUGAAAUUUUUACUUCUUUUGAUCAAGUUGGAAGAAGCUCAUUUUGCAGGCCUCUUUCUUCCAAACUAGUUAUUGGGUGUUUUAAAAAGUCUGAAAUCUGUUGUCCGAUCCUUGUAGCCCUUGUUCAUCUGGAUCCAUUUAAAGCAGGCAUGGACAUCUAUCAGGGAUUAGGACCUAUAUUGCCCCUAGGGCAUCUUGUAUUGCUGCACCUGAUCAUGGGCAUUUUUUGCCACCAAAUGAAAUUAAUAUCCCUUAGGGAGCAUCAGAAACAAUUUCACCAAGAGAGAUGUUCAUCUGGAUCCAUUUAAAGCAGGCAUGGACAUCUAUCAGGGAUUAGGAGCUAUAUUGCCCCUAGGGCAUCUUGGAUUGCUGCACCUGAUCAUGGGCAUUUUUUGCCACCAAAUGAAAUCAAUAUCCCUUAGGGAGCAUCAGGAACAAUUUCACCAAGAGAGAUCUUUUUUUCCAAUAGGAAAUCAACUUCCAGGACACUUCUGUUGGGAAAAGGCCUAAAAUCUCCUAAGGGAGAUUUGACUGCUCAAACCCCUAAGGAACAUUUGGAGACAAAACAGUUUUUGUGGGAAAUCCAGCCUCCCCACAAAAUUGGGAGGCUGGGGAUCACAACAGUCCCCCUGGGGUGUGACCUGCAAGCCACACUUUUGCAACCCCUAAUUUAGAAUCUAGUUGAAUCUGAAUUUUAGACCCAUUGUCAUUGACAUAUGAGUUAUUAGAAUCUAUAAUGCACCCUAAACAUGUACUAAACUGAAUUUGAUCAUUUUGAUAACAAACCAAAGGUACAAUAAAAGAUUCCACAGCCCUGAAUUUGCAUGACUUCCGCAGGCCUGCUGAUUGUCUCUCGUUCAUAAUGUCACCUUAAGUUGAAGCAUACUUAAUGGCAAAUAACAACAACAGAUGUAAAUGCACAUAAUACUUUUUUUGGAAAGCAAUAGCAGAGCUUUUUUAAAAAGCAGUAAAGUUUACCAAAAGCUCAUCUAAAUAUAAUUUUUUUAAAAAAGCACCUUUAGGCAAGCUAUGAUAUUUCCUGGAGGUUUCCUGUGGUUACCUUUACGUUUUCAGUGUAUGUAUGCGUAUGGGAGAGUGUGUGUGUGUGUGUGUGUGUGUGCGUGCGUGCGUGCAUGCAUGUGUGUUGUGGACAGAAAGAUGUAAUGUCAAGCUGAAAUUGUAAAAUAGUAUUUGUGGAACAUACUUUGUAAAUAAUAUAACUGAAGUAUUUGCAAUUUGCAAUUUAUUAUUAUUAUUAUUAGAAACAAGAAAACAAACAAACACCUAUUGGCCUGGAACAAAAAGAAAGCAAAAUUGGAGUUGCCAGCUACCAACCUUGAGAUUUGCCCUUUGGUCUUUGACCCUGACUUCUGUGUUAGGCGAUAGAGCAGUUGGCCACUUAUUCUGUCUUAUUUUCCACUGGGUCUGUUGCCUGACUUUUGCCCUGACUGCUAUACAGAACAGUUUGAAUCAUUUUUGUUAUAGCAGUUUGGGCUGGAGAAGUGAGGCACACAGAUGGCAGAACCACAGGGAAAGUGGAGCAGGGAGAAAGGCAACUGCCAUAUCAUUCAAGUCCAGUGGGAAUCUUCAACAUGCAGAGGUGAAUGUCUUGGUUGUGACUGGGCAACUUUGAACAAAAUAUCUGAAAGUGGAGUAGUGCUUUGCUGUUACACAGGAAAUUCAGAGGGCAUUCUAAACAAUAGUAAAACCAGACUGCUUUCUGUAUUGCAUCGAAAAAUUUUGCAAUUGCUGCUAAUGUACAUGUACAUGAAUAUAUACCAAUAUUGCCAAGAAUUGUUAUAACAAACACCAAUCUGUUUUGUAUUUAUAUUAUAAAAUGUACUCUGCGAACAACCUAAAUAUUUUAGCUUUAUACUGUUAUCCUUUUUGUAGACACGAUUUGUCAUAACACAGGAAAAAAAAGUGCCUUUUGUAUUUUUAAACACCCUCGCAUAUUGACUUGGGCAGAUGAUAACAAAGCCUUAAAAAGCGAAUAGUCUUUUAUUUAUUGUACUCCAUUGGUUAAUUUCUCACCAAACAAUGUGUUGCAAAAAUGUAUUAAUGUGCUCAAUUCAUUCCAAACAAAGGUAUUCGUGGGAUGGUGGAACAAAGCUUAUUUGUACAUUCUUAAGGCAGCCAUCUCUAAAUACUGACUUUAAAAGUUGAUGUGAUUUUCAGCAAAUAUUUACAAGUAUCCUGGGAGGGGAGUAAAAAAUUCAUUUUGUUCAGAAAUGACAAUAUUCAGAGGGAGCUUCCACUCAACCAACAUAGCCUUUUUUGUCCUAUUUCAUAUUUUUACUGAUUACGUUGUUAGUGAAAAAAAUGUAUGUAACAUUAAUUUAACAAAAUACAAUGUCAGAGUAACAUGGUUUCUUCUCAUGAACAAAACAAUUUAAAAAUUAUGUCAUGAAAUUAUAGAUACUGUAUCACCAGCAGAGGAAUUAUUACAAUUACAAUUAUUAUUACAGUUAUGCAGCCUCUAGAUUCUGGAAUGCUACUCCCAGCAAUGAUCAACAUUUACAAUGCUGGUUAUUGCUGCUGAAGCUUGCAGUCUAGUAAUCCAACUGUACCUGGCGUGCGUAUACGUGUCUUCAAGCCACCCGUCAACUUACAGUGACCCCAUGAAUUUCAUAAGGUUUUUCUAGGGAAGGAAUGCUCAGAGAUGGUUUGACCAGUUCCUUCCUCUGAAAUAUAGCCUAUAGCACCUGAUAUUCUUUGGCAGACUCCCAUCCAAGUACUAACCAGGCCCAACCCUGCUUAGAUUCUUAGAUGAGAUGAGAUCUAGUGUCUUUAGGGUAUUUAGGCCAACCAUAUCUGGAAGGUUGCAUAAUUCCCACUCCUGGUUUAAAGGACAGUAUUCAGCAUAUAGAAAGAACUGCUAAAAAUACAGUUUUCCUUACAAAUACAUACCACAAACCUUUAUACAAGCCCUUUGCCAAAAACCAAAGCAUAGCCCAGCCAGAGGUAAGAACAUGAAGAUCCUGUUGAUGCUAACAAAAGAAAAAUGUGCUUAACUUUCUGCACAUGAUUCCAUUAGAUGUGAAAAGUGUCUUUCGCUAGAUUGUAACCUUUAAAAUGAAUUGUACACAAUAAGCUGUUGACAUUGCAAUUUAUAAUUUGUUCCAUAACACCACUGCUAGGUUUCUGACGUUACUGGUUUUGUGUAUAAAAUACUUGUAAAGUUAACUCUUUGCAUUUUGUAUUUAUAGAUUUUGACAAGUUUGUUUUGUAAUUAAAACCUUGGAAAAAAUUUGUUUGACACUGCUCGGCAUAAAUGAUUUUUUAAAAACCAAA